AUGUAUCGUGUGGUCCUUGCCACCACUUUGCUGGCAGUGUGCGAAGCAAUACGUGAUCAGUCAAUUGCGGUUAAAGGACGACUCUUGUGUGGAACUGCACCGGCAUCGAACGUGAGGGUGAAACUGUGGGAUACUGACACUGGACGACCAGACGACCUCCUCAGCCAAGGUUACACAGAUGCCAAGGGUGAAUUCAUGCUAUCAGGAGGAACAUCAGAAACAACACAGAUUGAUCCCGUUUUGAAAAUCUACCACGACUGCAAUGAUGUCACGCAGGUCGGGGGAGUACCGAAGCCUGGAAGCCGCAAGGUCUCAUUCAUUCUUCCCAGUAAAUACAUAACGAACGCAAAGAUGCCAAAAACGACUAUGGACAUUGGAACUAUAAAUCUGGAGCUGGUAUUCCAAGAAGAAGGAAGGGAAUAUAUUGUUAGCUAA